AUGAUGAGGUUGAAUUUGUUGGCUCCAGAGGGAUCCGGAUCAGAUGUGGUCCAGCAGUUUAACGACACUCAGCCCCACAGCCUGCAGACGGGUCCACACCUAUGUGCGCAACUGCAGCUCAAUGGAGAUGCUAGCAGGGCUGAAGAAUUCAGAGUCCAAGAACAGAGCCACCUCCAGGGGGAACGUGUGGAGAGCCGUGUGAUCGCCUUGGCAGAGACAGAGGAGCUGUGGCCUGGCCUGCCGAACCUAGGGGUCAAGCAGAAAGCUUUAGGAAACAGGAAGAGUCGGCAAAAGCACCGGCAGAAGAGGGAAUAA